ACGACGUAGAAAAAACAACAACAACAACACUCAUGUUUUGACAUUUCUAAAAUUUACUCUUUGUCUUUGUAAUCGUUCGUGAAAAAUGCGGCUAUUAUUUGAUUUCAGUAUUGUUAUUAUAUGCGUUUUCCUGUUUGCAUUUACAGAGGCGGCCUUGACCUCUCACCAGCCAGAGUAUAUGGAAGUCUUUUCCCAGCAUCAAACGUGGGAAGGUCACUACACAUACAACAAAUCUGAAUACUACUGCAUGCUGUUUGUUCACACGGGUCAUUACAACAAGUCAGGUGGUCUUCUAGCAACAUUUAAAGACAAAUUGGGCACCACCUUAGAAAUAGAAGGUGAACAAACGGGCAACCAUGAGCUUGAGGUGAAAUUUACCGUCUUCAUGGUCUAUAAUGAUGGAAAUGGCAGAUUCCCAAGUAACUUUACAUUCACUGCUACACUUUACCAAAAAGAAGGGAAAUGGAGUUUGCAAGCCAGAGUUACUAUACCUUCAGAUGGGCUGUUUGGUCUACUUGAUCUUCAUCAAACUGACUCAGAGGUUGGCCCUUUCUUUGACGGGAGCAGAAAGGGCUGGCAGUACUUCCUCAUCAUUGGUGUCCCGUUAAUAAUGGCAGUCGUCGGGGCGGUCGGCACCGUUGGCAUUCUCUACUGGGCCAUUAAGAGGGGCUACAUUCGACACGUGCCAAAGUCGUACAAGAAUUUUGAUAGUCCAGUUGGCUUCAACUGUGGUAAGGGAACCGUGCAUAUUUAAAGCGCUAUCUUCCGUCAGACUCUAGCAUUUUAUAUUUCAUUCCUUAAUCAGUUUUAUUUUGUGUUAAACCACCAUUAUAAUAAAUCAUUACAGUGAUAAUUGGGGAUGUAAAGUAACAUUUCGACCACCGUUGUCCCGGUUUGUUUUUUUAGGGUGUCUUUGUUUAAACAGUGUUUAGUAAAAUAACUUGAACUUGGCAUAUGAAGUACUUUCAUGCAAUAAUGGAUUAAAAACAAGUUAUUAAAAACUUGUUUGAAUAUACAUAUUUAUAGCAUGUUUAAGAAUUUAUCACAUGUAACCAGUUAAAGCAAUUGCCAGUUGAUGGCAAGGGAUAAUGUGUUGAUACAUAAAAGUGUGAAUGAAGUGAUAAAGGAUCUCUUGUAUAGUGGACAUAGUAUGAGUUUUCUCAGUAAAUCUAGGGGCGUUGCACACUAUUUAGGGGCUAUGGGCCUGUGUGCACCUACUCAGUUAUAUGAGGUUUGUUCUGGGAAAACUGGGCUUAAUGCAUGUGUGUAAAGUGUCACACAGGCUAAUCAGACAUUUUCCACUUGUAUGGACUUUUUCUUUUAAAUGAAGUAUCUUCUAAACAAACAUCCAGUUCAGGGUGAAAGAGUCCUCUCUGUUUAGCCUGUGAGGAUAGCACUGGCUUCUCUGGAAUGACACUCUGGGCUCAUGCAUUAAGUGCAGUGUGAGGAUAGCACUGGCUUCUCUGGGAUGACACUGUGGGCUCAUGCAUUAUGUGCAGUGUGAGGAUUGCACUGGCUUCUCUGGGAUGACACUGUGGGCUCAUGCAUUAAGUGCAGUGUGAGGAUAGCACUUGCUUCUCUGGGAUCAUGCAUUAAGUGCAGUGUGAGGAUUGCACUGGCCUCUCUGGGAUGACACUCUGGGCUCAUGCAUUAAGUGCAGUGUGAGAAUUGCACUGGCUUCUCUGGGAUGACACUCUGGGCUCAUGCAUUAAGUGCAGUUUUCACAGAACGAGGCUCAUAUCCUGAUCAUUAGCAGUUUUUGUUUUUCACUACUACAUUUGACAAUAUUGUUGAACAUUUUUAGUCUCAUGGUGCUUGAUGUAGCUGGCAUCUCAAUGAUUCACUAGUAAUGUGUACUUUCUGUUGAAUUUUUAGAUGUCUCUACUUUUUAGCUCACCUGAGCUUUUGUGAUCGCCUUUUGUCCGUCGUCCGUCCCGCGUUGUCCGUUGUGCGACGUCAACAUUUGCCUUGUUUACUCUCUAGAGGCCACAUUUAUUGUCCAAUGUUCAUGAAAUUUGGUCAGAAGAUUGGUUUCAAUGAUAUCUUGGAUAGUUCAAAAAUGGUUACGUUUGCUUGAAAAACAUGGUUGCCAAGGGGCGGGGCAUUUUUCCUUAUAUGGCUAUAGUAAAAUCUUGUUAACACUCUAGAGGCCACAUUUAUUGACUGAUCUUCAUGAAACUUGGUCAGAAGAUUCAUCCCAAUAAUAUCUUGGAAGAGUUCGAAAAUGAUGCCUGUUGGUUGAAAAACAUGGCCGCCAGGGGGCAGGGCAUUUUUCCUUAUAUGGCUUUAGUAAAACCUUGUUAACACUCUAGAGGCCACAUUUAUUUUCCGAUCUUCGUGAAACUUGGUCAGAAGAUUUGUCCCAAUAAUAGCUUGUUAUCUCAGUUGAGCGACUUUGGACCUUUCAUGCCCUCUUGUUUGUUAAUGUCAGAAGAGCAUUAUCUUACUUUUACAAAAAUCAACUAUUUUUGCUGUUGACAAACAUUCAAGUAAUAAUGGGGAAAAAAAUCAGUACACUUGACCAUACUUCAUGGAUAUGAUAAUUUUCAAUAUAUUUGUAUACAUGUAAAUGUGUUCAUAUUUUACAUGCACAUCUAUUAUAUUUAGUUUAUAGAAUGCCCUUGUUUUACAAUACAUAUCAUGUGUUCAUAUGCACAAAGAAUGAUUGAUGGUAUGCUGUUCUUGCUCUUAAAACAUGUUCUUAUUUGAAAAUAGGCUAAUUUUCAACAAUAUUGUAUAACAAAUCCAUAAAAGUGCUGGUUUUAAACGAUACAAUUUUUGAAGUAUGUUUUCUAUUAGCACCGCCUUGAAUUUUAGUUUAUUCAUGGGAUUUUUUUUACAUGUCACUAAUUUUAGGAACAUAAUAAUAAUGAUAAGUGUUGAGUUGUUGUUUGCUUUGUUGUGUGCUAAAGAUUUUGUCAAAACACAAAUUUGUAAGCAGAUCAUUGAUAAGAGAGUAUCCAUUUAGAUGGGGCCAACGCCACUUAUAAUUGUAUAUAAGCCUUGAAUUGGGAAAACAGGGUCAAAUACAUGUGCUUAAAGUAUUGUCUCACAUUAGUCUGUGCAGUUCACACAGGCUAAUCAGGGACAACACUUUCAGCAUUUGUAAUAUUUUUAGUUUAAAGAAAGCCUUUUCUUAGCGAAAAUCCUGUUCCAGCUUUACACAACUGCAUGAAACCCUAUUUUUCAGGACCUUAUCUCAAUGGUUGUGUUGUUAUACUAUGUCAUAAAGUUAUGCAAAUCUACUGUUAAAAAUUGCCUUGAGGAUUUUAUGAAAAACUGACCAUGGUCUCAUUUACAUCCAUGUCCCAAUCUCAUACAUUCCAUUAUACACUUGUAAUUUAUUAUACAAAUGUAGCUUGUUGUUCCAUCGUUCAUUCAUGUAACUUUGUUCAUCUUCAUUUAGGGUCCCUGAAAAGCUUUCUGUACAUCAUUUCAAAACACACACAUAUUUUUGUGCCUCAGUCAUUCCUCAAACAUAUCUUUCAAGUGAAUAAAAAAUAUUUUUAUUUGUUUAUUGAUUUUUCCAUUGUUGCCAUUUCGAUUGUUAUUAUUUUGUUCUGCCCCUUUUUUGUUAAUCCUAUUUCCAAAAUGAUCUGUAUUCUUGUAAAAAAAUUUUUUUAGUACCACAAUGUAAUGCUCCUGUAUUUUAUACUUGAAACUUUUGUCACCUAAUUCUGUUAAUAAUUUGCAAGCUUCAUAUUGUUGCUUUUAAUGUUGUAAAUGUCAGGUUGUUGUUGUUUUUUUCAAUUUAAUUAAAGAGUAAAGUCAAGAAUUGAUUGGUGAAUACAGUUCAUUUUAUCCACAAUGACAUUGUCAAAGUCAUAAUUGUUUUAUUGAUAUGGUGUCCGCCUUGCGCCCAGAAGGUCCCAGGUUUUAACCCUUUGCAUGCUGGGAAAUUUGUCGUCUGCUAAAAUGUUGUCUGCUGAAUUUCUAAUAUUAGCAUUUUCUUCGAUUUUUUUCAAAUAAUAUUAUCAGAAUAGCAAACAGUUUGGAUCCUGAUAAGACGCCACGUUCUGUGGCGUCUCAUCUGAAUCCAAACUGUUUUCAAAGGCCUUCAAAAUUCGGUUCCCGCACUGACAGGGUUAACUUUUAGCCCCUCUCUGGGACACCAAGGACUGGUUCUUUACAGGAAUCACACUUGAGGGUAUCAGACUCUCUAUAAGCUUUUGGUUCAGUGACAAAUUAACCAUUUACCACUAAGAUAUGGGUACAUAUUUUGAAGCAUUUGUUGGCCGUCAGAAAGUUAAAUUUAAUUAAAGACCUUUCUUACUAGAUUCAAAUUUUUAAGGCUUCAUUGCCAACCAUUAGAUACUGAUGAGCAGCAAACAGCAUAAAACCUGAAAAGACUGUGAGUUACUAAUGUUUUCUUAUGUGGUAAACAGAAGGUCAAGGUUGUCCCCCUAUUAUUAUUUAAUCAAUUAAGAAAAACAGUUGGAAAAUGAAUUGUGUAUUUUAAAUUUAGAUUUAGUGUUUGUUAAUCAAAAGAAUGAUUCAUGUACUUAAAUAUUAAGAUUAAUUGUCAUGUUAAAGAUUUGUUUGUCUGUUGUUUUAUUUUAUUAUACCCCCACAAUCGAAGUUUAGGGGGGUAUAUAGGAAUGAGCUUGUCGGUCAGUCCGUCUGUCUGUCUGUCUGUCUGUCUGUCGGUCAGUAUUAAAUGUCCGCUCUCUAAUUCAAGUUGUUUUCAUCCGAUCUUCACCUUACUUGGUCAGAUGAUGUUUCUAGAUGAUGUCUAGGUCAAGUUCAAAUAUGGGUCAUGCCGGGUCAAAAACUAGGUCAUGGGGUCACUCAGUGCGUUUUAAACAUUGAGCAUGGUGUCCGCCCUCUACUUUGAGUAGUUUUCAUCCGAGCUUCACCAAACUUGGUCAGAAGUUGUAUCUAUAUGAUGUGUAGGCCAAGUUUGAACAUGGGUCUUGGCAGGUCAAAAACUAGGUCACGGGGUCACUUAGUGCGUUUAACGCUUUGAGCAUGGUUUCCACUCUCUAAUUCAAGUAGUUUUCAUCCAAUCUUCACCGAACUUGGUCAGAAGUUAUAUCUUGAUGAUCGUAAGGCCAAGUUUGAACAUGGGCCAUGCCAGAUCAAAAACUAGGUCACAGGGUCACUUAGUACGUUAUACACAUUCAGCAUGGUGUCUGCUCUCUAAGUCAAGUAGUUUUCAUUCGAUCUUCACCACACUUGGUCAGAAGUUGUAUCUAGAUGAUGUGUAGGUCAAGUUCGAACAAGGCCAUGCCGGGUCAAAAACUAGGUCAUGGGGUCACUUAGUGCGUUUUAAACAUUGAGCAUGGUUUCGGCUGUUUUUUGUGAAGACAACAUGCCAAAUAUUCUGUGUCAAUGCUGCAUGUGGGGGUAUUCGUCAUGUCUGUUACAAAGCUCUAGUUUUGGUUGUCUGUUAUUUUUGGGACAUCCCUCAUAUUAAAUGUAUGUAAUGCAACAACAACUUCAUCACUUCUUUGUAGCAUUUAGAACAGUCCUCAAUUUAGUCUUUGAUGCAAUAAACAAUUCAACUACUCUGUCGUGUACUUUUGAAUUAAAACAAAUUAUUUGUGUGUUGUGGAAUUUUGUAAAUUAUGACUACAAGCCAUCAUUCCAUUAAUUUUGUAUUAUGUUGAUACUUGCUUAUUACAACUCUAUAUGAUUAUUCCAGAUAUGCAACUUGUGGUAAUUGUGUACUCAGAUUAAACAUUAUUCCUCAUGUAUAGGUAAUGUGUCACACUUUAUUAUAAUUGUAAUUGAACCCACCUUUAUAUGUUAUCAUUUCUUUUUAACUUUUACAAAUUCAUCUUUGUGUUGGAUGUCAUGAUCCAUUUAUCUAUUUUUGUAUACUUAGAUAUGUAGAUGUUUUGAUUUUUGUAAUUGUUUAAAACAUGUAUUCACUGUGCAUGUAGCAUUUACAUAUUUUGUUAUUACCGUUUUGUUUGUCUAACUUUUGUUAUCCCCCGCCAGAGGCAGAGGGAUAUUGUUUUGGCGUUGUUCGUCCGUCCGUCCGGCUGUCCGUCCGUCCGGCACUUUUGUGUCCGGAGCCAUAUCUUGGAAGUUCUUUGGCGGAUUUCAUUUAAACUUGGUAUGAGUAUAUAUAUGCAUUAGAGGAUGAUGCACGCCAAAUGGCAUUGUACACCAUCUGUUAAAAACAAACUUAUGGCCCUUUGUAUCUUGAAAAAAUGCUUUUUAGUGUCCGGAGCCAUAUCUUGGAAGUUCUUUGGCGGAUUUCAUUGAAACUUGGUAUGAGUAUAUAUAUGCAUAAGAAGAUGAUGCAAGCCAAAUGGCAUUGUACACCAUCUGUUAAAAACAGACUUAUGGCCCUUUGUAUCUUGAAAAAAUGCUUUUUACUAUAGGCACUUUUGUGUCCGGAGCCAUAUCUUGGAAGUGCUUUGGCGGAUUUCAUUUAAACUUGGUAUGAGUAUAUAUAUGCAUAAGAGGAUGAUGCACGCCAAAUGGCAUUGUAUUAUCCGUCCAAUUUGCACCCAUUCUCAAACAAAGCAUAUGUUGCUGGGGAUACCUUGGGCCUUUCAGGCCCUCUUGUUGUUAUUCAUUCCUUCUGUGUUCCCAUCUCAAAAGAUAGGCUGUACUGCAUAUUAUAUUUACGGUAUUAGUCAGCUCCAUAUGUAAUGUUUACAAGUUCGUUUUGGUAUUCUUAAUUUAUAAUGCCCCGGAUUGAAUGAUCGGGGGUAUAUUGUUUUUGGCCUGUCUGUCUGUCAUUCUGUCUGUCAUUCUGUCCCAAAACUUUAACCCUGGUUAAAGUUUUGCGAUAACUUUUGCAAUAUUGAAGAUAGCAACUUGAUACUUGACAUGCAUGUGUAUCUCAUGGAGCUGCACAUUUUGAGUGGUGAAAGGUCAAGGUCAUCCUUCAAGGUCAAAGGUUAAAUAUAUGGCUUCAAAGCGGCACAAUAGGGGGCAUUGUGUUUCUGACAAACACAUCUCUUGUUUUGAAAAUUAUUCAACACCAAUGCUGUUGAUUGAAAAGAAAACAUGGUUUUUAAAGUGUGCUUCGAUUAGGCCAAAUACUUCAUACCGGUAGUUGCAAACCCUCAAAUAUCAACAGAAACUAAGAUAUUUGUUGGAAAAUUUAGUAAUACAUUUCAGAAUUUCAAUAUUGUAAUGUAUUUGGCAAUACAUUAAAGAGACUUUGUAAGUCCACGAGUUAAAUCAGGUACGAUGCUUCCUGUGUAUUGUUCACUUUACUAUUUUCGACAAUUCCAGAAACACAGGAACAUAUUCAAGUGCCUUUUUGAAAGCCAGCAGUGUGGAACAAUUGGUCUGGUUCUAGUCAACCUUCAAUGUAUUUGACUUUAUGUUUUGUUGUUUUUAUCAUUUUUUUGGCGCCUUUCUGGUUCUGAUUGAACAAUUUGCAAGUGGUCAAUUUUUUCCAGUGCUUAAUUUCUGUGCUUUACUGUGACUUUAGAGUGAGAAGAUCUACCCAAGUUGUUCUUGUACAUUUUGAAAUUAAUUUAUACAUAUCAUGCAUUGUGUGUUUUAUGUGAACAACACCUUUUUACAUCAAGUUAUUAUUACAUAAAUAUUGUAUUAUUGUUUAUAAUAGAUAUUCAUAAAAUAAUUAGAACAAUUUUUUCUUGCUUGUUUUGAGUGAAGACUUGGCUUUAUGAUUUUAGCACCAUAUGUGUGCCAAGUAAUUUUCUAAUCCCUCCAACUACAUGUUGACCAAGUUAUAUUCCAGUGACGAGUUAAACAGUUUAGUUUAGUUUAAAAUAAAGUUUAUUUGAAUUACAUGUUUUAUUUCUAGAGAUCUCAAAAAGAAACGACAAUUAAAAAAAUAAUGAAAACAGAAAAUUCGCUGAAAUGAUAUCCCCUGCCGAAUAAUUUAUGUUUAUUGGUGGUUGCAAAACUAAAAAAGGCUUUUGAAGA